AAAUUUUUCUGUUAUCAAUUUAUGUCAAAAAUCAUCAAAAGUCGAAAGUUUUAUCUUUUUAGAACGAUACUUUGAAAAUUUGACAGUUUUUUUACUUCCAACGUUGUUUUACAUUGUUACUUAGUAAUCUCAGUCAACUGUAAAAUGUUCAUUCAAGAAUUUUAAGAUUCAAGUGUUUUCGGUGCAUCUCGAUCAUCAAUGUGAAAAAAUGAAUUCAAAAGCAUUCGAGUACUUCGUAAAAGUAUUGAGAAAUAAUACUGCAGCGUUGAAUUACCAUAAGUACGUCUCGAAGCCAGUUCUACUCACGAAUUCAUUCAGGUACUCGACCACCACUUCUAAACCUGCAGAUAUAUUGGAUUUUUACGCUGAUCUGAUAACACAAAAAUUCGAGAAAUCUCAACUUGAAAACAACCUAUCACCACCAGUACCGCUAGAGAAAAAACCGCACACAGAUAAAGCUUUUCCAACGACGAGUAAAGUUGAUCUAAUAAUAUCAGACAUGAAUACAAGAAAUCCUCACAUAACUUCCAAAAUGUUGGCAAAUCAGUUGACUGUUUCGUUGGAAAAAGUGGAUUUUCCUGAGAUCAGUAAAAUAAUUAGUUUCUGUAUCGAUAAACGAAUGACUUUACCGGGCAGCUUAUUGUGUACAAUUGCUUGCAAAUAUUCGAAUCACGGUUUAUUAGAUGAUUUAACAUUGUUGCAAACGCUAUGUAAACUCGACGAAGAAGAAUAUCGUAAUAAUGCCGAAUUUCUGCAUUACUUCGCGUAUUGCUACUGGAUUUGCGGUAAUAGUACGAAAUGUGUCAAAUUUCUGAGAGAAUGCUGCGAUAAAUACCCUACUUUGAACGAUGUAACCAAAAGAAUUUUGAAAAUGAUUAUAUCUCAAGCAGUUAGCUCCAGAAGUCAAGCUCAGCUCGUUAUUAUAACAGAUUUCGUCAAAGAAUUCACGGAUCGGUUUAGCGAUUAUUAUUUACUCACUGUGUUGUGGAAAGAACUAUUCCUAAGCGAAUGGUUCGCUGAUCAACAGCUAGCCGAUGAGUUGUUAGAUUCUAACGAAGAGCUACAGAAAUGCAUUACGUUAAUAGUUCCUACAUUAGUUUCACAUCUACUGGGUGCUAAUAAAGUCGACGACGUUUAUCGUUUUACACAAGUGCUUUUAAAGUACAGUUUAAUAGAUCAGUAUUCAAUGACGCUUCAGAUACUCUUCGAUCAUCAUUGUACUCUUAAUGAUAAAAGUCGAUGCGCUGAAAUUGUCAAAUCAUCUGUUGCAUUGAAAGCGCCGUUACGAGAAGAACAAUAUAAGCAAUUUAUUUCUUGGACCGUGUUUGGGAGUCCGUCGAAGUAUAUUGAUAAAGCCGUUAUGGAGAAGCUUUAUUCGUCAUUUUAGUAUUUUUUUUUAUCGUGUAUCGUUUGCGAACCAUUUCUAAUUUGUUAUUACUUAGUUUUCAAAUAAAUGAUUUGUUCAGUUUA